GAAUAUGGUGUUAUCGAAUUUGAUAAUUUCGGAUUUGAAGGUUAUUAUAGACAUGUUAAGAAAUUAGAUGAUAGUGAUAGUUGUAAAUGUGAAUUGGCUAGUAAUAGUGAUAGAACCAUAUUCUCUGGUCCAAAUUCACCUUUAGAUGAAGAAGUUUCAGUUCAUUUUAGAGGUCCUUUAGUCUUAUCACAAUUUGCUUAUUACACUUCAGAUAAUUUCCAAGUUGGUUCAAAUAGUGGUUCUGAUUGGCAAAGAUUAAGUUAUUAUGAUGCUUCAUCUCAAACUGCUCAAAAUGUUACAUUUCUAACUGCUGCUGGUAAAAAUUCAUCUUGUUUAGGUAAAGCUUUAACUUAUGCAGGUUCUGAUGGUAUUUCUGAAGCUAAAAGUGCAACUAUCUUGGCUGAGAAUACCAAGAUUGCAUCAGAUCAAGAAUAUAUCCUUUUCACAAAUACUUCAUGUGGUAAAUCAGGUUUUGGAAAAGAUUGUGGUGUUUAUAGAGAUGGUAUUCCAGCUUAUCAUGGGUUCAACGGUACUACAAAGAUGUUUUUAUUUGAAUUCCAAAUGCCUGAAGAGACUAGCCAAGAUGAAGAUUCUUUUGAUUAUUAUGACAUGCCAGCUAUUUGGUUAUUAAAUGCUCAUAUUCCAAGAACUUCACAAUAUCCAACUAAUGGUAAUUGUUCAUGUUGGGGUAGUGGUUGUGGUGAAUUUGAUAUCUUUGAAGUUAUGAACACCACUGAAGCUAAUCAUUUAUUUUCCACUAUCCAUGAUUAUCAAGGUACUGAUAACAUUCAAACUGGUAUUCAAGCUCAAGGUUAUAUCGAAAGAAGUACUUCAUCAACU